AUGCAAACAACUUUAAAUGAGAUCAAUGUAUCUAGAGAAGAACAACUCAAGAGAAUAAAUGAUUAUUUUGAUUCACUUGAAAGUAAAGUAAGAGAAGGCAGUGAAGCAAAUGAUGAAAAGAUACAAGCACAUCAAAAUGAAUUAUCAUUACAGAUAGGUACUGCCGACAGCACGUUGCUCCACCUAAGUACUCUCCAGAAGCAUGGCCAUCCUGUAGAUAUAUUACGUGCUAGUGGCGACAUCUCUCAUAGGCUUCGAGAAUGGUCCGACGCGAAUGACUUAAACCUUGGAUCACUGAGUAAACAAACCUUUGAACAAGGACAUCUUGAUACGUCCAAACUUGGUCACAUAUUGUCAAGUAGUAUUAUGGUACAAGCGCCUACACCAUGUCAGCCUAAAGUGCUAAACAAAAAACACAUCCCUGAAGGAACCCCAGGAAACAUUGCUAUAUCUGAUGCUGUUGUAGGUGCUGAUUUAGUAAUCUUACAUGAUAGGAUGGAAGCACAAGCACAACUCGCAACAUAUGAUAAUGACACUUUAACACUGAAGCACCAUACUGCGGGAAAUUUCAACAGAGUAUGUGCCUUGCCAGGGAAUCAAUAUGCUGCAACUGAUGCCAAAACAAGUGCGUUGCAAUAUUCAAUGAUAAUCUCGUUCACCAAAGGAAUAUAGGUCAGUUUGAGAGUCCAUGUGGCAUAUGUUGUAAUGCUUUGAACGAACUGAUUGUGAGUGAUGCGAUUACUAAGAAAGUGUACCACAUUGACAUAAAUGAUGGUUCUGAACUGGAAGCAACACCAUAUGAACUGUUUGAAGCUCCUCAGUAUGUCACAACAAACAGUAAGGGAGAUGUCAUUGUUUCAGAUACGAAAACACACUCCAUCACGGGAAUCACUAGAAAUGGUGACAGAGUGUUCAGCUAUGGUCAACGUGGGUCGGAUGAUGGUCAGUUCACUUGUCCAUGCGGUUUAUGUACAGAUGCACUUGAUAACAUCAUUGUGGCUGAUUUCAAUAAUAACAGAGUUCAUUUACUUGACUAUAAUGGAAAGUUUAUCAGAUAUCUAUUAACUGCAGAAGACGGAUUGCAAGAUCCGUGCGCUGUUGCCAUAGACAGGCAUGGUGACCUUGUUAUAGGCACUGAUACUGGAGAUGUAUGGUUUGUGAAGUACAUGAACUAUGAAUAGACAGCAGUA